CCCUGAAGGGACGAAGCCCCGGGUAGCGCGGGAGGUGGAGCCGGCCGGGCGGCCGCACGGAGUCUCUUCCUGGCUCGGGUUCCUGGGACCCAACCCAGGGCGGACCCAGGCCCCUGCACAUGCGGGGAUUCCCCCGGCUUGGAAGAGUCCUUCGAGCGGGAAGCGGUUCCAGGCAGCAGCCUCCGAGGAAGAGAAAGGAGGGACGGUGCUCAGCUUGGGCGAGGCGGACUCUCCCCUAGGCGGUUGGAACCCGAGGCUGUCCCGAAGUCUGCGCUUGGCACCGACGCUCCGGCUAGAGCAGCUCCGGGUCAGGAUCCCGACCCGCACCUCCUGAGCCUGGUAGGCACCGGCGUCACCACGCCACCCAGCUCUUCCAAGGUCUCCUUGUGCCUGGGGGCAGUCAAGGCCAAGAAAGUAUUAUGAGGGAGGUUGAGGACUUCAUGCUCUGGACACGGCGCUGGAAUUAGAGUUUGCCACUUCUGAGAGGAUGCUGGGAAUCUGCCGAGGGAGGCGGAAAUUCCUGGCUGCCUCUUUGACUCUGCUCUGCAUCCCAGCCAUCACCUGGAUCUACUUGUUUGCUGGGAGCUUCGAAGAUGGGAAGCCGGUGUCCCUGUCUCCCCUGGAGUCCCAGGCGCACAGCCCUCGGUACACAGCCACCAGCCAGCGGGAACGUGAAAGCCUGGAGGUGCGCAUGCGAGAAGUGGAGGAGGAGAACCGCGCGCUGCGCAGACAGCUCAGCCUGGCCCAGGGCCGAGGCCCCGCUGGCCGCCGUGGAAACCACUCCAAGACCUACUCUAUGGAGGAGGGAACAGGGGACAGCGAGAACCUGCGGGCGGGCAUCGUGGCUGGCAACAGCUCCGAGUGUGGGCAGCAGCCAGCUGUGGAGAAGUGUGAGACCAUCCAUGUGGCUAUUGUCUGUGCCGGAUACAAUGCCAGCCGGGACGUUGUCACCCUCGUCAAGUCAGUCCUCUUUCACAGGAGGAACCCUCUGCAUUUCCACCUCAUUGCUGACUCCAUCGCAGAGCAGAUCCUGGCCACACUCUUCCAGACCUGGAUGGUGCCUGCCGUACGGGUGGAUUUCUACAAUGCUGACGAGCUGAAGUCUGAAGUUUCCUGGAUCCCCAACAAACAUUACUCUGGGAUUUACGGCCUCAUGAAGCUUGUCCUCACCAAGACCCUUCCUGCCAACCUGGAGAGAGUCAUCGUCCUCGACACUGACAUCACCUUUGCCACUGACAUCGCAGAGCUCUGGGCUGUGUUCCACAAAUUCAAAGGACAACAGGUCCUGGGCUUGGUAGAGAACCAGAGUGACUGGUAUCUUGGAAACCUAUGGAAAAAUCACCGCCCGUGGCCAGCUCUUGGAAGAGGCUAUAACACAGGUGUGAUUCUCCUGCUUUUGGACAAGCUGCGCAAGAUGAAGUGGGAGCAGAUGUGGAGGCUGACGGCAGAGAGGGAGCUCAUGGGCAUGUUGUCUACCUCCUUGGCUGACCAGGAUAUUUUCAAUGCUGUCAUCAAACAAAACCCCUUCCUGGUGUAUCAGCUCCCCUGCUUCUGGAACGUACAGCUGUCGGACCACACUCGCUCUGAGCAAUGCUACAGGGACGUGUCUGAUCUGAAGGUGAUCCACUGGAACUCGCCCAAGAAGCUGCGCGUGAAGAACAAGCACGUGGAGUUCUUCCGCAACCUCUACCUGACCUUCCUGGAGUACGACGGCAACCUGCUGCGGCGGGAGCUCUUCGGCUGCCCCAGCGAGGCCGACGUCAACAGCGAGAACCUUCAGAAGCAGCUGUCGGAGCUGGAUGAGGACGACCUGUGUUAUGAGUUCCGGCGAGAACGCUUCACCGUGCACCGGACCCACCUGUACUUCCUGCACUAUGAGUAUGAGCCCGCUGCGGACAGCACCGACGUCACCCUGGUCGCUCAGCUCUCCAUGGACAGGCUCCAGAUGCUGGAGGCCAUCUGCAAGCACUGGGAAGGCCCCAUCAGCCUGGCUCUGUACCUGUCAGAUGCCGAGGCCCAGCAGUUCCUCCGCUACGCCCAGGGCUCCGAGGUGCUCAUGAGCCGUCGCAACGUGGGCUACCACAUCGUGUACAAGGAAGGCCAGUUCUACCCCGUGAACCUCCUGCGCAACGUGGCAAUGAAGCACAUCAGUACGCCCUACAUGUUCCUGUCUGACAUUGACUUCCUGCCCAUGUAUGGGCUCUAUGAGUACCUCAGGAAGUCUGUUAUCCAACUUGAUCUCGCCAACACCAAGAAAGCGAUGAUCGUCCCUGCGUUCGAGACACUGCGAUACCGGCUCUCGUUCCCUAAGUCAAAAGCUGAGCUGCUGUCAAUGCUGGACAUGGGGACCCUCUUCACAUUCAGGUACCACGUCUGGACGAAAGGUCACGCACCCACAAACUUCGCCAAGUGGCGGACUGCCACCACGCCUUACCGGGUUGAGUGGGAAGCAGACUUUGAGCCGUACGUUGUGGUGAGACGAGACUGCCCGGAGUACGACCGGAGGUUUGUGGGCUUUGGCUGGAACAAGGUGGCUCACAUCAUGGAACUGGAUGCGCAGGAGUACGAAUUUACUGUGCUGCCCAAUGCCUACAUGAUCCACAUGCCGCACGCCCCCAGCUUCGACAUCACAAAGUUCCGUUCCAACAAGCAAUACCGCAUCUGUCUCAAAACGCUGAAGGAGGAGUUCCAGCAGGACAUGUCCCGCCGCUACGGCUUUGCCGCCCUGAAGUAUCUCACGGCCGAGAACAACAGCUAGCGAGACGAGGCCCCGCUGCAGAGAGACGCGCCACAGCGGAGGACCACAUGCUGUCAGGGGCCCGGGCUUCGAAGUCAGAGUUGACCAAGGCUUUGUUUUGUUUUAUUUUUGGUUUGUUUUCCUUUGACCCCACAAAGCUGCUCUCACUCCCACAGUCUUGGGUGAAGAUCCAGGCCACUGUCAUGAGUCAGUUCCGGAAUGGAUCACAGCAGGGUGACAAGCAAGUAAGGGGUUACCAACUUGCCCAGAGCCACACACAGAGCUGGGGCUUCUGCUCUUCGUGAUCCCUUUCAAGGAGCUAUGGGUCCGAUCUUGGGACAAAGGGAAGUCAGAAUGCUCAGAACUGUAGUCAUCACAGAAGGAAGAGCAAGUUCUCAGUUCCCGAGAAGGGGACUUUCUUUUUCUUUUCUGUACAGGCUAGCUGGGGUGCAGAAGGAGAUGAUAAGGCAAGGACCCAAAUAACUGUCUAGAAAACCCCAUGGGGAUACUGUGUCUUCAGGGGCCUGGAGGUGGGGUUGGUUGGCUCCUUCAGUGUCACUGGUUUUGUUUUUAUUUGUCUUUGUUUGGGGGAUUUUGUUCCUUUCUGCUCUGGAAAUCUAAAACUGAAAAAUCUGAUCCAUUAAGGCCCCAAAGGAAAAUUGGGUCCCUCAGCCAAGGUCCCUCUAGGAGCAAUGGCCCAGCUCAGAGGCCAAGAGUCUUCUGCAGGUAGUCACAUGUGGGCAGCUUCCUUAAGGAUUCACACUGAAAGCCCCCCCCCCCCCCCAAAGACUCUGAAUUUCCAAAUCUCUAGAAUCCAGGGCUGUGGUGGGAAAACAUGAGGCCACCUGCUGGAUGCCAGUCACAUUUUCUAUGGACAGUGACGUCACGAGGAAAGGGCUUCGAAGGAACCGUUUCAGUACUCAUGGAAGGUAUGAACCUCUCUCAGGCCUUUAGGAGAACUUGAAUGGCUCACGAGAGCCUUAUCUGAAGACUCGUAUGGUCAUGUGGCGGCCUCAGGAAGGAUGGGAUUGGUGCUUCGGGGUUCUUCCUGCCUCACCGCGGAGAGGGAGAGGUGGCAGCCUCAGUCUCCCCGAGGGUAGGCAAGUGCCUCAUUGUGACAUGUAUGGAGGAGACACUGGACUUUUUACCCAUUUUCUUUACUCUUCACUAUUAAUGUUGUGUUUACAUUGACAAGAACAAGAGUUCAUGCCCUGCCCUCUGCUGGGCUGUUUGUAUUGAGUUGCCAUGUGACCAGCCAAGCAGCAUCAAUAAACAAGCGUGCAGACUGUU